AUGACAGAAGCUGCAACUACAACAGAAACUGCAACUACAACAGAAGCUGAUACCACAAUCGAAGCUGCAAAACCUUCUACCACAACAAAAGCUGCAACCACAACAGAAGCUGUAACCACAACAGAAACUACAACCACAACUGAAGAUGCAACUACAAUAGAAGCUGCAACCACAACUGAGGAUGCAACAACAACCGAAGCUAAAACUACAACUGAAGGAGCAACCACAAAAGUAGCGGUAACAACAACAGAAACUGCAACAAGAACGGAAGCUGCAACAACAUUAGCUGCAACCACAACUGAAACAGCUACCACAACUGAAACAGCUGCCACAACUUUAGCUGCAACCACAGCAGAAGCUGCAACCACAACUGAAUCUUCAAUCAGAACAGAAACUGCAACCACGACAGAAGCUGCAACCACGACAGAAACUGCUACCACGACAGAAAAUGCAACCACGACAGAAACUGCAACCACGACAGAACCUGCAACAACAACAGAAGCUGCUGCUACCACAACAGAAGCUGAAACCAAAACAGAAACUUCUACCACAACAGAAGCUGCUACCACAACAGAAACUGAAACCACAACAGAAACUGCUACCACAAGAGAAGCUGCUACCACAACAGAAGCUGAUUCCACAACAGAAGCUACAACCACAACAGAAGCUGCUACAACAACUGAAACUUCAACUUCAACAGAAGCUGAUACCUCAACAGAAGCUGCAACCACAACUGAAGCUACUACUACAACAGAAACUGCAACCACAACAGAAGCUGUUACCACAACAGAAGCUACAACCACAACUGAAGCUGCAACUACAACAGAAGGUGAUACCACAACAGAAGCUGCAACCACAACACAAGCUGCAAGCACAACAGUAGCAGCUGCUUCCACAACAGAAGCUCUAACCACAACAGAAACUGCAACCACAACAGAAGCUGCUACCACAAGAGAAGCUGCACUUACAACUGAAGCUGCAACUACAACAGAAGCUGCUACAACAACUGAAGCUGAAACUACAACAGAAACUGAAACCACAACAGAAGCUGGAACCACAACAGAAACUGCAACUACGACAGAAGCUCCAACUACAACUGAAGCUGCAACUACAACAGAAGCUUCUACCACAACGGAAGCUACCACCACAACAGAAAAGCUGCAACCACAACAGAAACUGAAACCACAACAAAAUCUGCAACCACAACAGAAGAAGCUACCACAACAGAAGGUGCAACCACAAGAGAAGCUUUGA